AAGAGAAGGUUAGACAAGGCACUUCCGGAUAACUUCCUAGCUGUCAUGUUUGAAGUAUGGAUAUUCAAAAACGAAUCGCUUAUUAACAAAACAAGACGGUAUUAUUACCAAACAUCUCCGUACGUUAAAGGCAAGCUGAGAUGGCCAGUGUUUGGCUAACGUAUUCCAACUCGGAGAGACGACAAACUAGCUAACCUUGCUCGCACUGUAGCCUGCUAAUCUGGUUUUCCCUGCUUGGUUUGCUGAUGGAGAGGCUAAUAACCCAGCUCACAGAGAAGCAUGUGCUUUUCACGGCUUCCUUCGCUAUACGACUGGCCUUGGUCGCUUAUGGAGACUACCAGGAUAGGACUAUGGCGGUGAAGUACACUGACAUUGACUACCAUGUGUUCACAGAUGCUGCAAGAUUCAUAACUGAGGGGCAGUCCCCAUACAACAGAUCAACCUACCGCUACACCCCUCUCCUUGCCUGGCUGCUCACCCCUAACAUCUAUCUCAGCAACGUGUUUGGCAAGAUCCUCUUCAUUGUUUGUGAUGUGCUGUCAGGUCUGCUCAUCUACAGAAUCCUUCGCCUGAGAGGUCUGGGCCCUGAGACUGCAUGUCGUGUUUGUUCUCUGUGGCUCCUGAACCCACUGCCCAUGGGAGUAUCCAGCCGAGGGAAUGCUGAGUCAAUCUUGGCAGCCCUGGUGCUGGGAACAUUACUGUGUAUGGAAGCCCAGUGUCUGAUGUGGGCAGCCAUACUGUAUGGUCUGUCUGUCCAUAUGAAGAUCUACCCCAUUACAUAUGCUCUGCCCAUCGUUCUGACCCUGCGCACACUAGAGACCAGAUCAGAAGAGGACAAAAAGGGGUGGAGGAGGCUCAUUGGGUUUAUGGGAAGUUUCCUCAACCGAAGGUUGUUCCUUUUUGCAGGUGUUGCCGGAGGAGUUUUCUGUAUGCUCACAGCCCUCUUCUAUUACAUGUAUGGUUGGGAGUUUCUUCAUGAAACCUACUUGUACCAUCUGACCAGAAGGGACAUCAGACACAACUUCUCUCCAUACUUCUAUAUGCUCUACCUCACAGCAGACAGCAGGUGGAGCCAGUGGCUUGGCCUAGCAGCAUUCCUGCCACAGCUCAUCCUGCUGUUGGUAGCAUCAUGGGCCUUUCACUCUGACCUGGCCUUCUGCUGUUUCCUGCACACCGCCAUCUUUGUCUCUUUCAACAAAGUCUGCACUUCACAGUACUUCCUGUGGUACCUAUGUCUUCUUCCUCUGGUCAUCCCUCACCUGAGUCUGUCACUAAAACAGGGAGUGGGACUGCUGCUCCUCUGGUUUGCUGGACAGGGCAUCUGGUUGGGCCCAGCCUACUUCCUGGAGUUUGAAGGCUACAACACCUUCUUGUUGAUCUGGCUUGCGGGAUUGCUUUUCUUGAUCAUCAACUCGUCCAUCUUGAUUCAGAUCGUAUCCCAUUACAAACCAGCACAAACUCCAAAGAGACUGAAGGUGGAAUAACAUUCAGUCAUUGUAGAGAUAGACGGAAGAAGAUAAUGGACUAUGAAUGUAUGUUGAAGAAUAAAUUGUUUUUGUUAAA